GAAACGCUGAAUGCGGAGAGUGAGCAUCUGCCCAGCGAAUCGUCUUCCGCUUCCGCAGUGAAGGGAAAUGUUACCGCGCAAUUGAUGCAAUGCAUUUUGGAUCGAGAGAAAAUUCACGUGUCUCCCCUUACGGCAGAUCAUGGAGUGGUGGUGGUUUGCGAGGAGGAAGCUUCUGUGUUGAAACUAGUUCUGUGGAUGAUCGAUGGGGAGUUCAAAGAUAAACUUAUGAUGAUGGUGUUGUCGAAUUACAUGAACCGAUUGAUUGGGAUUCAAGCUGGCGUAACGAUUGCGCUCGGCAGUGGAUACCAAGUCAUUUUGUCUCCUGACAUGAUGCCAAUCGUUGUGGGGAUCCAGUCCAUUCGAGUGGAUUCAUUACCAACCAGGGGAAUUUCAGAAGAAUUGCUGCAAGAGUUGUUUAAAGGCUAUUUGCAAUGGAUUUGUUUGUUCCCGAACCACACAUAA